AUGGGACAAGUCGGGCGGUAUAGGGAGGGAGGUGGGGAUGUGGCGAGAUUGUCUUGUACACGUAUGUAUGUAUUUGGCGCUGGUUUAAUUGGCAGGGAACUGCUUAACGUGUCACCUAACGACGGUAGACCUGUCAAACAACCAUACAUUGUUUAUUACAGGUGGAGGAUGUUGGUGCUAUUCGAGACACCUGCAGGAUAUGCUUUAUUCAAGUUGUUGGACGAAAAGAAGUUGGAAAAUGUGGGUAAUAUUUGGGAUGAGUGUUCAACACCGGAAAAGACGCAGAAAAUGUUGCAAUUGAUUUCUUUCAAAAAGUUCAAAGAUACUGCAGAAGCAGUAGAAAAUGUCACUCGUUUGGCAGAAGGAAAGUUAACUAAGACACUGAAGAAAACUCUGAAGGGAAAAUUACAGAAGGGUGAAAAACUUGCUGUUGGUGAGGUGAAACUAGGAAAUAUGAUCAAAGAAAAAUUCGAUGUAUCAUGUAUUUAUAAUACAGCGACUCAGGAACUUAUGCGUAGUAUUCGAGCAAACUUGGACAGUUUGCUAAAUGAGCACAAACAAAAGUUACAAUCUAUGAAUCUCGCCGUGGCUCAUUCGUUGGGUCGAUAUAAAGUCAAAUUUAAUCCUGAAAAAAUUGACACGAUGAUUGUGCAAGCAGUUUCAUUACUGGAUGACCUCGACAAAGAAAUUAACAAUUAUGUCAUGAGAUGUCGCGAGUGGUAUGGUUGGCAUUUUCCAGAAUUGAGUAAAAUAAUUCAAGACCACCAGGCUUAUACAAAGACUGUGAGAGCUAUGGGAAUAAGAUCAAAUGCUGCAAAUUGUAAUUUAUCAGAUAUAUUGUCACCAGAGCUGGAAGCGCGAGUUAAAGAAGAAGCAGAAAUCAGUAUGGGAACUGAUAUAUCUGAUUCAGAUACGUUGCACAUAAGUGGAUUAUGUGAUCAGAUUAUUGAAUUGACAAAAUACCGUUCCGAGCUGGCAGAUUAUUUGAAGAAUCGAAUGAUGGUGCUUGCACCGAAUCUUACUAUUUUACUUGGUGAACUAGUUGGUGCUAGGUUAAUUUCUCAUGCAGGCUCACUGGUGAGCCUUGCGAAAUACCCAGCAUCUACAGUACAGAUACUAGGAGCGGAAAAAGCACUCUUUCGAGCGCUUAAAACGAAACGAGAUACUCCUAAAUACGGCCUCAUUUACCACGCUCAACUUAUUGGUCAAGCCAGUACAAAAAUCAAAGGAAAGGUAAC